CACUGACCACACUAACUUUCGAAGUUCCUUUACGAUUCCUCUCUGAAAGUCUUUGCAUUUUCCUUUUCAACAAUCAUGGACGAAGAACAACUCCCAGAACCCAACCGCCGGAAAAUCGAAGACACCGUGAUCGAUAUCCUCAGAACCGCCGACUUGGAAACGGCCACCGAACUUAGCAUCCGAGCCGACGCGGCGGUGCGGCUUGGCUGCGACCUCUCUAGCCUCCCUCACAAGCGCCUUAUCAGAGAUAUUAUCGAAUCCUUCUUGCUCUCUUCCGCCACCUCAGCAUCUCACCCUAAAGAACUGUCGCGUAACAACAACGAGACAGAUAAUCAAGAAAAUGAUCAAGGACGACAGGUGGCUAAUGGCGGUGCUCUUGAUACAGCCGACGAUAUUGGUCAGGUCAUCUGUAAGCUCAACUGCAAGAGGAUGGUGACAGUUCGUUCCUUAGGAGGCAAGACUUUGGUGUCAAUCUGUGAUUACUAUAGGAAAGAUGGAAAGAAGCUCCCUAGUAAUAAAGGAGUUAACUUGACAGUCAAACAGUGGUCAUCUUUUAGGAGUAGCUUCCCUGCUAUAGAAGAAGCUAUCAUCAAGAUGGAAUCAAAGAUAAGAUGUGAACAUGCUAGCAAGAAGACUAAGCUCAAUAAGGCUGUUACAUCAUCAUUUACUGUGGAUGCUCCUGAAGCAAGUGUAAAAACUGAGACAUAUAUCCCGAGUUCAAAUGAUUCCUUUAAUCAUCAAGAGAAUGACUCUGUAGAAAAGAAACAAGCAGAUAAUUUGGAUGACACCGUGAGGAGUACAAACACUGAAGGUCUAAUUUCCAUUCAGAGAAAUCAGAAGCUUCUGGCUACUUCUAGUCCAAUGCCUAAUUCUGCUCCCGAGGAGCAGAUGCAACAUAAUUCUCUUACAAACUUCCCUUCUGCGGACCUUGUUCCCAUUACACGUCUUGAUGGGAAAAAUUAUUAUUGUUGGAAGCAUCUGAUGGAAUAUUUCCUGAAGCAAUUGAAUAUUGCAUAUGUGCUCACUGAACCCUGCCCAAAAGUUCCCAUGACUCCAGAAGUGAGUAUUGAAGAAACUGUCCAAGCUAAGGCUGCUGUAAAAAAAUGGAUUCAUGAUGAUCAUGUAUGCUGUCGCAGCAUAUUGAACUCUUUAUCUGACAAACUUUUUGAGGAGUACUCAAAUAAGACAUACACAUCCAAGGAGCUGUGGGAAAAGCUCAAAUUGAUUUAUGAUGAGGAUUUUGGAACAAUGAGGUCUCAAGUUAACAAGUAUAUACAAUUUCAAAUACUUGAUGGUAUAUCAAUUCUUGACCAAGUUGUAGAGCUAAACAAAAUUGCAGAUUCUAUAAUGGCAUCAGGAGUUUGGGUGGACGAGAAUUUUCAUGUCAGUUCUAUUAUCUCCAAGCUCCCACCUUCCUGGAAGGAUUAUCGUGUGAAAUUGAUGAAUGAGGUGUUCCUACCUCUGAAGAUGUUGAUGCAUCGACUGAAAACUGAAGAAGAUUCUCGUGAUCAAUACAGAUAUAGAAAGCCCGUUGGAAGUUCUCGUGAUGGGUCAAAGCAUGACCACACAUUUGUACGAAGAAACUGAUGCAACAUGGUAGAUAGGAGCUCUUCAGCAGAAAAUUCUAUGGUAUGAAAAGAUGGUUCUUCUAGGGUUACACACAGAAAUCACCACUUGUAUCAUCAAUUCAGCAUAAGUCAUCUCAGCCAAGCAGCACGAUAAGCCUUUUAUCUUCCCCAAUCAGUUGAACUUAUGAGAUUUUGUUCAUUGUUCUACUCCAGUUUCCUUUACUCUGCCAUUGCCUGGUUAUCUGUUUUUGGGUAUGAAGUCCCCACACGUCUUCAACGACUAGGUACGACUAUAACAGCCUAAUGUUCCAUUGGACUAACUCCUUGAAGGCAUUAGCAAAGAAGAUGCAUUUUACAAAUUACAGCAGGGCAUGUUUUUGUGACGAAGUGUUGGAGAAAGGCCCGAUUCUUUGAUAUCAUAAAACAAUACUUAGUAGUUAGAAAAGCCUAAUAAAUUAAUAGGGCCGAGAUUAUUGAGUUUUGUAUGGUGCAGGCUGCUGUGGAGCCAAAGAAGAGUGGCAGCAGGGGACACCCAAAAUUACAUUUUGGUGUUAAUGUUAUUAGAACCCAACAAGAAGUUGCAGAUUGUCUUAUUGUCUUAUGGAAGAAGAGUUGAGGGAUAAAAGAAACAAAUGAACAUUGAUGGUAGCAGUAGGGAUAAGGAUGUUUAUAUUAUGAACAAUUUUGAGCAGUUUUAUUCUGUAAAUUGAUUGAGGAAAAAAAAAUAGAAAAUAAAACACUGAUAAAAGGUCUUCUCAUUAUUUUGGUUUAAUUGUGUAUCAAGUCCCAACUUGAAAAAAACAUAUAAAGGAAUAACACUUUUUAUACUUCA